AAGAGCGGUGAAAAGAUGUCUGGUAGAGGUAAGGGCGGGAAGGGGCUCGGUAAAGGAGGUGCUAAGCGUCACCGCAAGGUGCUGCGCGACAAUAUCCAGGGCAUUACUAAGCCGGCUAUCCGCCGCCUGGCUCGGCGUGGCGGCGUGAAGCGCAUCUCGGGCUUGAUCUACGAGGAGACGCGCGGCGUGCUGAAGGUGUUUCUGGAGAACGUGAUUCGCGACGCUGUUACCUACACCGAGCACGCCAAGAGGAAGACCGUGACGGCCAUGGACGUAGUGUACGCGCUUAAGCGCCAGGGACGUACCCUCUACGGCUUCGGUGGUUCAGCAGUGAUGCCUUUGAGCGCGGAAAAGCGCUCAGUACAGGCUGCCUACGCUUGCUCAGAAGCAGCAGCGACACAGCUCUCUCGUGGCAUUGUGGUGGCUCUUAAAAGAGCCUUUGGGUUGGGUGGCGGCAGGGCAGGGGACUCAGGCGCGCUCGCCGCGGAUGCGCCGGGCCAGCUGGAUGUCCUUGGGCAUGAUGGUGACGCGCUUGGCGUGGAUGGCGCACAGGUUGGUGUCCUCGAAGAGCCCCACCAGCGCCGAAUCUCGCGCAGCGCCACCGUGCCGGGACGGUACCGGUGCGGCUUCUUCACGCCGCCUGUGGCCGGCGCGCUCUUGCGGGCUGCCUUGGUGGCCAACUGCUUGCGGGGCGCCUUCCCGCCUGUCGAUUUACGCGCGGUCUGCUUCGUACGGGCCAUUACAACGACCUCUGGCGCGCGAUUAGGAGACAUGGCCCGUACGAAGCAGACCGCGCGUAAAUCGACAGGCGGGAAGGCGCCCCGCAAGCAGUUGGCCACCAAGGCAGCCCGCAAGAGCGCGCCGGCCACGGGCGGCGUGAAGAAGCCGCACCGGUACCGUCCCGGCACGGUGGCGCUGCGCGAGAUUCGGCGCUACCAGAAGUCGACGGAGCUGCUGAUCCGCAAGCUGCCGUUCCAGCGGCUGGUGCGGGAGAUCGCGCAGGACUUCAAGACGGACCUGCGGUUCCAGAGCUCUGCGGUGAUGGCGCUGCAGGAGGCGAGCGAGGCCUACCUGGUGGGGCUCUUCGAGGACACCAACCUGUGCGCCAUCCACGCCAAGCGCGUCACCAUCAUGCCCAAGGACAUCCAGCUGGCCCGGCGCAUCCGCGGCGAGCGCGCCUGA